UCAGUUCCGGGAUACCGCAGCAGACGCCGAGAAGCACCGUUUCUUCUUAAAAGAGAAACGCUGCGCGCGCGAGGUGGGCCCCUAUCUUCCAGCAGCUCCGGGCCUGCUCGCCUGGCCGGGGAGGCGCAGGCGCAGGCGCAGUCGGGGUGAGGGCGCGUGGGGGCUCACAGGUGGAGCCGGGUCCUCGACCCCCAAGAUCGGCUGGGCGCUGAAGACAUCUUCCACCCUCCAGCCUCUGGUGCACAUGGCUUCCUCCCCGGCGGUGGACGUGUCCUGCAGGCGGCGGGAGAGGCGGCGGCAGCUGGACGCGCGCCGCAGCAAGUGCCGCAUCCGCCUGGGCGGCCACAUGGAGCAGUGGUGCCUCCUCAAGGAGCGGCUGGGCUUCUCCCUGCACUCGCAGCUCGCCAAGUUCCUGUUGGACCGGUACACUUCUUCAGGCUGUGUCCUGUGUGCAGGUCCUGAGCCUUUGCCUCCAAAACAUCUGCAGUAUUUGGUGCUCUUGUCUCAUGCCCACAGCCGAGAGUGCAGCCUGGUGCCCGGCCUUCGGGGGCCUGGCGGCCAAGAUGGGGGGCUUGUGUGGGAGUGCUCAGCAGGCCAUACCUUCUCCUGGGGACCCUCUUUGAGCCCCACACCUUCAGAGGCACCCAAGCCAGCCUCCCUUCCACAUACUACCCGGAGAAGUUGGUGUUCCGAGGCCACGAGUGGGCAGGAGCUUGCAGAUUUGGAAUCUGAGCAUGAUGAGAGGACUCAAGAGGCCAGGUUGCCCAGGAGGGUGGGACCCCCACCAGAGACCUUCCCACCUCCAGGAGAGGAAGAGGGUGAGGAAGAAGAGGACGAUGAUGAGGAUGAAGAGGAGAUGCUCAGUGAUGCCAGCUUAUGGACCUACAGCUCCUCCCCAGAUGAUAGUGAGCCUGAUGCCCCCAGACUACUCCCUUCCCCUGUCACCUGCACACCUAAAGACGGGGAGACACCACCAGCCCCUGCAGCACUCUCCACUCCUCUUGCUGUGCCAUCCUUGUCAGCAUCCUCGCUGGGUUCCAGAGCUCCUCCACUUGCAGAAGUCGGGGUGCAGCCAGAGCUCAGCAGGACCCCUCAAGCGGCCCAGCAGACUGAGGCCCUGGCCAGCACUGGGAGUCAGGCCCAGUCUGCUCCAACCCUGGCCUGGGAUGAGGACACUGCACAGAUUGGCCCCAAGAGAAUUAGGAAAGCUGCCAAAAGAGAGCUGAUGCCUUGUGACUUCCCUGGCUGUGGAAGGAUCUUCUCCAACCGGCAGUAUUUGAAUCACCACAAAAAGUACCAGCACAUCCACCAGAAGUCUUUCUCCUGCCCAGAGCCAGCCUGUGGGAAGUCCUUCAACUUUAAGAAACACCUGAAGGAGCACAUGAAGCUGCACAGUGACACCCGGGACUACAUCUGUGAGUUCUGCGCCCGGUCUUUCCGCACUAGCAGCAACCUUGUCAUCCACAGACGUAUCCACACUGGAGAAAAACCCCUGCAGUGUGAGAUAUGCGGGUUUACCUGCCGCCAGAAGGCUUCCCUGAACUGGCACCAGCGCAAGCAUGCAGAGACGGUGGCUGCCUUGCGCUUCCCCUGCGAAUUCUGUGGCAAGCGCUUUGAGAAGCCAGACAGUGUUGCAGCCCACCGUAGCAAAAGUCACCCAGUCCUGCUCCUGGCCCCUCAAGAGUCACCCAGUGGUCCCCUAGAGCCCUGUCCCAGCAUCUCUGCCCCUGGGCCUCUGGGAUCCAGUGAGGGGUCCAGGCCCUCUGCAUCUCCUCAGGCUCCAAUCCUGCUUCCUCAGCAAUGAGCUCUCCAGCUUUGGCUUUGGGGAGCCAGACUCCAGGGACUGAAAAGGAGCAAUGAGGAGAGGGUCUGCUUGAGAAACACCAGAUGCUUGGUCCCCAGGAACUAAGGCGACAAGAGUGUAGGGUGGGGACAAAACUGGGCUGUAGGGGAGCUAGACUACUUUAGUCUUCCUAAAGGACAAAAUAAACAGAGUAUUUUAUGCAGGCA